AUGUCGACGACGAUAUACCGGCUCGCGGGCCGCGCCGCCAAGCGGCUCUGCACGCGGCCAUCCCCGGCGCUCGCCAACUCCAUCUCGCAUCCCGUCCGCGCCUUCUCCGCCUCGGCGCUCCGCCGCUAUGCCGCCGCCGAACCGGAGCCCUACCAGGGCACGCGGCUGGUGCCGACGGGCGCCGACUUCUCGACCGUGGCCGACCCCUACGGCAUGUCGGACAAGCUGCCGGACGGCUCGGCCGAGACGACGCAGAAAAUGCGCGAUGAAUCGGUCGAGGACCGCAAGGUGCGGCACUACACAGUCAACUUCGGCCCGCAGCACCCCGCCGCGCACGGCGUGCUGCGCCUGAUCCUGGAGCUCAACGGCGAGGAGAUCAUCCGGGCGGACCCGCACGUCGGGCUGCUGCACCGCGGCACGGAGAAGCUGUGCGAGUACCGGACGUACCUGCAGGCGCUGCCCUACUUUGACCGGCUCGACUACGUCUCCAUGAUGACCAACGAGCAGUGCUAUUCGCUGGCCGUCGAGAAGCUGCUCAACGUCGAGAUCCCCGAGCGCGCCAAGUGGAUUCGGACCAUGUUCGCCGAGAUCACGCGCAUCCUGAACCACCUCAUGUCUGUCCUCUCCCACGCCAUGGACGUUGGCGCACUUACGCCGUUCCUGUGGGGUUUCGAGGAGAGAGAGAAGCUUAUGGAAUUCUACGAGCGCGUGUCCGGCGCCCGUCUCCACGCUGCCUACGUCCGCCCCGGCGGCGUGCACCAAGAUAUCCCGCUGGGCCUGCUCGACGACAUCUACCAGUGGGCGACGCAGUUCGGCGACCGUAUCGACGAGACGGAGGAGAUGCUGACGGACAACCGCAUCUGGAUCAACCGGCUCAAGGGCGUGGGCGUGGUGUCGGCGGCCGACGCGCUCAACCUGGGCUUCACGGGCGUGAUGCUGCGCGGGUCGGGCGUCCCCUGGGACAUCCGCAAGAGCCAGCCGUACGACGCCUACGACCAGGUCGAGUUCGACGUGCCGGUGGGCGUCAACGGCGACUGCUACGACCGGUACCUGUGCCGCAUGGAGGAGUUCCGCCAGUCGCUGCGCAUCAUCCACCAGUGCCUCAACAAGAUGCCCGCGGGGCCCGUCCGCGUCGAAGACUACAAGAUCUCGCCGCCGCCCCGCGCCGCCAUGAAGGAGAACAUGGAGGCCCUCAUCCACCACUUCCUCCUCUACACCAAGGGCUACGCCGUGCCACCCGGCGACACCUACUCGGCCAUCGAGGCGCCCAAGGGCGAGAUGGGCGUGUACGUGGUGAGCGACGGCAGUGAGCGGCCGUACCGGGUGCAUAUCCGCGCCCCGGGCUUCGCCCAUCUCGGUGGGUUCGACCAUGUCUGCAAGGGCCAUUUGCUUGCGGACGCCGUGGCCGUCAUUGGCACCAUGGAUCUGGUGUUUGGUGAGGUCGACCGGUAA